CCCAUCUGCCACAGCCUCCGCCACAGACCUGUUGGGCGGGCAGGGCCAGGUCUGGGCAAGUUGGAGGGGGCGGGAGCCGGCACCCAGGUCCCCGCCCUGCUCCUGGCACCCAGGUCUCUCGCAGGCUUUGCCUGGGCUCCCUCAGGCCCUAGGCAGGAACAUCGGGGGUCCUGGAGUGACCCCCACGUCCGUUCCACCCGCUGUGGCUGUGCGAGGCCCCGAGGGGCGAUGUCACCUUGUGGCCUGUGAGGCACCCGUCAUGGCCAGGUCCCUGACCCGGGGCUGCUGUCCCUGGUGUCUGACGGAUGAGGAGAAGACCGCGGCCAGAAUCGACCAGGAGAUCAACAAGAUUUUGUUGGAACAGAAAAAACAGGAGCGCGGGGAACUGAAACUUCUGCUGCUGGGACCUGGUGAGAGCGGGAAGAGCACCUUCAUCAAGCAGAUGCGCAUCAUCCACGGCGCUGGCUACUCCGAGGACGACCGCAGGGCUUUCCGGCCGCUUGUCUACCAGAACAUCUUCGUCUCCAUGCAAGCCAUGAUUGACGCCAUGGAUCGGCUGCAGAUUCCCUACAGCAGGCCUGACAGCAAGCAGCAUGCCAGCCUGGUGAUGACCCAGGACCCCUAUAAAGUGACUGCGUUUGGAAAAUCACAUGCAGUGGCCAUGCAGUACCUGUGGCGCGAUGCUGGCAUCCGCGCCUGCUACGAGCGCAGGCGUGAAUUCCACCUGCUGGACUCUGCUGUAUACUACCUGUCACACCUGGAACGCAUCGCCGAGGACAGCUACAUCCCCACAGCACAGGACGUGCUGCGCAGUCGCAUGCCCACCACAGGCAUCAAUGAGUACUGCUUCUCCGUGCAGAAAACCAAGCUUCGAAUCGUGGAUGUUGGUGGCCAGAAGUCGGAGCGUAAGAAAUGGAUCCACUGUUUUGAGAAUGUCAUAGCCCUCAUCUACCUGGCCUCACUGAGCGAGUAUGACCAGUGCUUGGAGGAGAAUGAUCGGGAGAACCGCAUGAAGGAGAGCCUGGCACUGUUCAGCACAAUCCUAGAGCUGCCCUGGUUCAAGAGCACCUCAGUUAUCCUCUUCCUCAACAAGACAGACAUAUUGGAGGAGAAGAUCCACACUUCGCACCUGGCCACAUACUUCCCCAGCUUCCAGGGUCCCCUGCGGGACGCCGAGGCUGCCAAGCGUUUCAUCAUGGACAUGUAUGCGCGCGUGUACGCAGGCUGCGCGGAGCCCCACGACGGCGGCAGGAAGGGAUCCCGUGCGCGCCGCCUCUUUGCACACUUCACCUGUGCCACGGAUACGCACAGCGUCCGCAGCGUGUUUAAGGAUGUGCGGGACUCGGUGUUGGCCCGGUACCUGGAUGAGAUCAACCUGCUUUGAUGCAACUCACCUGGCCUCAGUUUACCUACCGGGCGGGGCCAGGACGUCCUGUGGGGCGUUGUCGUAGCAAGGACAUGGCGCUCCCUGGCGGCCACGCAAGGAACUGCAGUGCGAGGGCUCCCCCUCGUGGCUCCAGGCCCCACAGGUCUGCAAUUCAUUCCCUCCUUCUAGUUCUUGGAGAAAGGACAGCAGUUGGGCCUUUAACCCCGGGGAACUUGGGAGGCAAAGGCAGGAGGAUGUCUGAGAGUUCCAGGACUGCCCUGCGUCAAAAAACAAAACCCCGACACAAAGAAACCCUGUCUCGAAAAACCAAAACAACAGCAACAACAAAAAACAAAAUCAAAAUCAAAAACCUAACAAGACCAGAUAGAACCACUCCGAGGACCUAUGACUUCCCAGGGGUCCUGUCCACAUCUUCCGGUGUGGUCUUCACCCUGGGGUACAGGUGAUGGUGUAAGGGGGGGGAUAGAGAGGAAGUUCUACUUGUUGUCUGCCCACUCAUGGGACCGAGGUAGACAACAGCCAAAGACAGUUUUGGCAUACACACAGUUGUGCGUAUCUAUCCCCAUAUCUCAUCCCACGACACACUACUCAGCUUUGCCCCACGCUUGGUCCCUCCACCACCUCUUACUAAAGGAGACUGGGACGGACGGCGAGAUUACUCUGCCCGUGAAGGCACAUGCUGCCAAGCCUGACAACUGGAGUUCAGUCCCCAGACCCACUCAGUGGACACAGGGACUGAGUGGCAGAGUUUUUCUCUGACCCUGCAGGUAUUCAUGGAGAUGACACACCUCCCC